AUGGCGGUCGCUGCUGCUUCUGGCGAACCACCAGGCAUCCAGCCUUGCUACGGCUGCGUCCAAGCUGCCCAGGAGGCGUUACCAACGGGCGGCUACUGCGGAUGCCAUUCGCACUACGUGCCUGGGCAGGGCUUGGUCCUCGCGUAUCGGUGCGCUUACCACGUUGAACAGCAGGAGGAUGGCGCCGAGCAAUGGCAGUGGUACGACGAUCUUUACGAGGAGCAACCCGGGGGCUUCGACGUUGGAGAGUACCAGCCGGGCCUGGAGGUCCAAAACUGGGGCGUGGGCGACUCGAACGAGAAAACCCGCAAGGAAUUCGCCAGGCGCAGGGCCAUCGCAGUGGCAAAGGAAGCGUGUGCCGAGGAAGCGAAGUGGUCCUGCCCGAGGAUGUUCACCAGCGAGCGCUCCAUACUGCCAGCGUACGUGUUGCUGAUCACGCUCAUCGCCUGCAUGUUGAUCGCCGUCGGCGUGGUCAGCAUUCUUCCGAGCAUCGAGGAAGGCGUCAGCACAGAGUCCGUCACCACGACGCCGCUCCCAACGGAGUCGAAAGCGCGUCUCGCUGAUCUGAUAAUCACGAACACGGCUGACAACAGCUCGUACGCCACGGACGUGUACUAGGCAUGGUUGGCACGAACUAAGAAAUGUAUAAUUUGGAACAAUGGCCGUCGUAUUGUUGCGACUUUACUACAUGUA